CUAAUUUCCCGCACAUGUGAUUCUUUGGCUCCUUGCCUCUAGAGCAUUAUUAUUAUCCCCUAGAAGCAAUAUUUGCAUUGCUAAGCAGUGUCCAGCAAGCGCCGAGCAACCGACAGGUAGCAAGAAUAGCAAAGCCGCCAUGACGAAGACGAUCGUCCUGUACCCUGGCCUCGCCGUCAGCCACUUCGUCCCCAUGAUGCAGCUCGCUGACGUCCUCCUGGAGGAGGGCUACGCGGUCACCGUCGUGCUCAUCGACCCAGCCAUGAAAGAAGACAUUGCCUUCCCCGCCGUUGUUCGCCGCAUCGCCGCCUCCAAGCCGGCCGUCGCCUUCCACACGCUCCCACGGCUGGAGGACCCUCCUAGGGUCACCCACGACUCGCAGUUCGUCCUCAGGUACUAUGACCUCGUGAACCGCUACAACCAUCACCUCCAUAGCUUCCUCGGCUCCAUGCCUCCCGGGAGCGUCCACGCCAUGAUCGUGGACGCGAUAUCCCAAGGGGCGCUCGACGUCACCAAGAAGCUCGGGAUCCCGGUUUAUAUGUUCUUCGCCGCAAACGCCUCCACCCUCGCCGUGUUCCUCCAGCUCCCUUCGAUCCGCACGGUGGGCCAGCCAAGCUUCAGGGAGCUCGGAGAUAAUAGUCUCGACUUCCAUGGCGUCCCACUCAUGCCGGCUUCUCACCUCAUCAGCGAGAUGCUCGAGGACCCGGAGAGCGAGGUAUACAAGGCGCUGAUGGAUGGGCUGCGCAGGAUCCUGGAGGCCGAGGGCGUCCUGGUGAACACGUUCGCAUCGUUGGAGGCUCGGGCAGUGGGAGCUCUCGGGGACCCGCGGCGUCUCCCGGCGAUACCUUCGGUCUACUGCGUCGGGCCGUUGGUCGCGGACGCCGGCGAGGGAAAAGAAAAGCACAAGUGCCUCGCGUGGCUCGACGAGCAACCCGAGCGCAGCGUGGUUUAUCUCUGCUUUGGGAGCGUGGGCGCAGGAAACCACUCCAACGAGCAGCUCAAGAAGAUCGCCGUCGGCCUGGAGCAGUCCGGCCACCGGUUCCUGUGGGUGGUGCGAGCCCCUCCUCCUCUCAGCGACGACCCGGAGAGGCCGUUCAACCACUGUGCCGACCCAGACCUUGACACGCUCUUGCCGGAGGGGUUCUUGGAGCGAACCAACGGCCGCGGCCUCGUCGUCAAGAUCUGGGCGCCACAGGUGGACGUGCUGCGUCACAGGGCGACGGGCGCGUUCGUGACGCACUGCGGGUGGAACUCAGUGCUGGAGGGGGUCACGGCGGGUGUACCAAUGCUCUGCUGGCCGCUGUACGCGGAGCAAAAGAUGAACAAGGUGUUCAUGGUGGAGGAGGCAGGGAUCGGCGUGGAGAUGGUCGGGUGGCAGGAGGGGCUGGUCGAGGCCGAGGAGGUCGAGGCCAAGGUGAGGCUGGUGAUGGAAUCCGCGGAUGGAGAGCGGCUCAGGGCGCGGGUGAAGGCGCACAGCGAAGCCGCGGCCGUGGCAUGGAAGGACGGCGGGUCUUCGCGCUCUGCGUUUGGCCGGUUCUUGUCGGACGCCGACGAGCACAUGACGCCGGAGCGGACACACGUGCUUGAUUGAUAAUUGGGUGACAUGCUUGUGGCAAGGAAGUAUUCGUUUCUAUCUCCGGUCCCAUGUCCAGCACGUUAGCUACAAUAAUGUGGAACCACUCUUGCUUUUGCUAUGCCAUCUACCUACAAUAAUGUUGUACUAGUUUGGUACAGCUGACCGACCGUACUGGAUAUUCGACGUAUAUCGGCAUAUGUGGAAUUUGAACUCAUCUAUGGUAUUUUGUUCGAAUUGUUUAUGUAUAUUAUAGUUUGGUGUUGAGGAUAUUGAUUUAAGUUUUUCCUUCUAAAUGGAAUUUUAAGGUAUGCGAUCGAAAUUACUAUACAUGUAUGGGCAUUUGUUUAUCAUCAUCCAUGGAAGUAGAGUCAAGUCUACUCCAAUGUAUU